UUUCGAACUCCCUGCGAGGCCUGGCGGGCCGUAGCGCGGCGUGGGGCGGGGCCGGGCCGCACUGUGGGUCGCGCCGUGGAUGUGACGCGACGUGACGUGCGCAGCGUCGGGGCGUGGGAGCGGAAUUGGGGCACUGUGAGAAUUGAGGUUCUCUCUCCUCGCUCAGUGUUUACCUCUUUGUAGCCGGGUCUAGCACCGCCUACCGCUUUAGCGAGAGUUACGCGAAAGGAGUCCUCCAUUAAUGGAUGGUCUUAUUAUUUAAAGUGAGGAGGCCGGAAGGGAAGGCAGUUUGGGACAACGGUUGAAGUGUGUGGCGUGUUCCUGAGCACGAGUACAGAUCAGUUUUCUCCUGUACUGGCAGACAUUGCAAGUUCUUAAGUGCUAUUAGCCGAGCUCUACAAGGCCGGUCCGAUUCUGGUUGGAUUUGAUCAUGGCAGGGAAGUUUCAUUUGGCUCGACAGUGGGGAAGAAUUUCAGACCAGUCUUAUCUGAACUCUUAUCUUAUCCAUGGUUCAGACUGCUAUAGAUCAUUCAAAUCAGUAUCCAGAGUGUACCGGCAAGUAGAAAAAUUUCCAACUGAUACCAUACAGCGCUCAAAAUGGAUCAGGGCUGUUAAUCGUGUGGACCCCAGAAGCAAAAAGAUUUGGAUUCCAGGACCAGGUGCUAUACUGUGUUCCAAACAUUUUCAAGAAAGUGACUUUGAGUCAUAUGGCAUAAGAAGAAAGCUGAAAAAAGGAGCUGUGCCUUCUGUUUCUCUAUACAAGAUUCCUCAAGGUGUACAUCUUAAAGGUAAAGCAAGACAGAAAAUCCUAAAACAACCUCUUCCAGAUAAUUCUCAAGAAGUUGCUACUGAGGACCAUAACUAUAGUUUAAAGACACCUUUGAUGAUAGGUGCAGAGAAACUGGCUGAGGUGCAACAAAUGUUACAAGUGUCCAAAAAAAGACUUAUCUCCGUAAAGAACUACAGGAUGAUCAAGAAGAGAAAAGGUUUACGAUUAAUUGAUGCACUUGUAGAAGAGAAACUACUUUCUGAAGAAACAGAGUGUCUGCUACGAGCUCAGUUUUCAGAUUUUAAGUGGGAGUUAUAUAAUUGGAGAGAAACAGAUGAGUACACCACAGAAAUGAAACAAUUUGCAUGUACACUCUACUUGUGCAGUAGCAAAGUCUAUGAUUAUGUAAGAAAGAUUCUUAAGCUGCCUCAUUCUUCCAUCCUCAGAACGUGGUUGUCCAAAUGCCAACCCAGUCCAGGUUUCAACAGCAACAUUUUUUCUUUUCUUCAACGAAGAGUAGAGAAUGGAGAUCAGCUCUAUCAAUACUGUUCAUUGUUAAUAAAAAGUAUACCUCUCAAGCAACAGCUUCACUGGGAUCCUAGCAGUCACAGUUUGCAGGGGUUUAUGGACUUUGGUCUUGGAAAACUUGAUGCUGAUGAAACGCCACUUGCUUCAGAAACUGUUUUGUUAAUGGCAGUGGGUAUUUUUGGCCAUUGGAGAACACCUCUUGGUUAUUUUUUUGUAAACAGAGCAUCUGGAUAUUUGCAAGCUCAGCUGCUUCGCCUGACUAUUGGUAAACUGAGUGACAUAGGAAUCACAGUUCUGGCUGUUACAUCUGAUGCCACAGCACAUAGUGUUCAGAUGGCAAAAGCAUUGGGGAUACAUAUUGAUGGAGACGACAUGAAAUGUACAUUUCAGCAUCCUUCAUCUUCUAGUCAACAGAUUGCAUACUUCUUUGACUCUUGCCACUUGCUAAGAUUAAUAAGAAAUGCAUUUCAGAAUUUUCAAAGCAUUCAGUUUAUUAAUGGCAUAGCACAUUGGCAGCACCUUGUGGAGUUAGUGGCACUUGAGGAACAGGAAUUAUCAAAUAUGGAAAGAAUACCAAGUACACUUGCAAAUUUGAAAAAUCAUGUACUGAAAGUGAAUUGUGCUGCCCAACUCUUUAGUGAGAGUGUAGCCAGUGCAUUAGAAUAUUUGCUAUCCUUAGACCUGCCACCUUUUCAAAACUGUAUUGGUACCAUCCAUUUUUUACGUUUAAUUAACAAUCUGUUUGACAUCUUUAACAGUAGGAACUGUUAUGGAAAGGGACUUAAAGGGCCUCUGUUGCCUGAAACUUACAGUAAAAUAAACCAUGUGUUAAUUGAAGCCAAGACUAUUUUUGUUACAUUAUCUGACACUAGCAAUAAUCAAAUAAUUAAAGGUAAGCAAAAACUAGGAUUCCUGGGAUUUUUGCUCAAUGCUGAGAGCUUAAAAUGGCUCUACCAAAAUUAUGUUUUCCCAAAGGUCAUGCCUUUUCCUUAUCUUCUGACUUACAAAUUCAGUCACGAUCAUCUGGAAUUAUUUCUAAAUAUGCUUAGGCAGGUAUUAGUAACAAGUUCUAGCCCUACCUGCAUGGCAUUCCAGAAAGCUUACCAUAAUUUGGAGACCAGAUAUAAAUUUCAAGAUGAAGUUUUUCUAAGCAAAGUAAGCAUCUUUGACAUUUCAAUUGCUCGAAGGAAAGACUUGGCACUUUGGACAGUUCAACGUCAGUAUGGUGUCAGCGUUACAAAGACUCUCUUUCAUGAAGAGGGUAUUUGUCAAGACUGGUCUAAUUGUUCACUAAGUGAGGCAUUAUUAGACCUGUCAGAUCAUAGGCGAAAUCUCAUCUGUUAUGCUGGUUAUGUUGCAAACAAGUUAUCAGCUCUUUUAACUUGUGAGGACUGCAUCACUGCACUGUAUGCAUCGGAUCUCAAAGCCUCUAAAAUUGGGUCACUGUUAUUUGUUAAAAAGAAGAAUGGUUUGCAUUUUCCUUCAGAAGGUCUGUGUCGGGUCAUAAAUAUUUGUGAGCGAGUUGUAAGAACCCAUUCAAGAAUGGCAAUUUUUGAACUAGUUCCUAAACAAAGGGAAUUGUAUCUUCAACAGAAAAUAUUAUGUGAGCUUUCUGGGCAUAUUUAUCUUUUUGUAGAUUUGAAUAAGCAUCUCUUUGAUGGAGAAGUGUGUGCCAUCAAUCACUUUGUCAAGUUGCUAAAGGAUAUAAUAAUCUGUUUCUUAAGUAUCAGAGCUAAAAAUGUUGCACAGAACCCUUUAAAACAGUCAGAGAGAACUGAUAUGAAAACUUUAUCAAGGAAACACUGGUCAUCUCUACAGGAUUAUAAAUGUUCAAGUUUUGCUAAUACCAGUAGUAAAUUCAGGCAUUUGCUGAGUAACGAUGGAUAUCCAUUCAAAUGAGAGACCUAAAAUAUAUUAACAUUUUAAUUAAGAACACUUGGUUAACAUUUUUUAAAGUUCAAUUUACCAUAUUUUAUAAAUUGACCAUUCUGCACAGUGGACAAGUUUGCAAUUCUGACUUUUUAAAAUUUCAAAUUCUGCAUACCACAAAAUCUGCUUAUACUUUGGUAUGGCUUGUAGCAUUUAUGAGUUUUCCAAAAUGUAGAAAGCAGUAAGUCAGUAGGAGCAGACUGGCAAACAGGUACUGUCUUUGAAUUUACUACUGUAAGACUAAGCAGUGUUACUGGACACAGUUUUAACUUGUUCAAUCUGCUUCAAAAACAAGAAAAACAACAACUCUGAGUUAUCAAAACAUUGACUCCUUUUAUGACUACACCACAUUUCUAAAAGAUCUUUGGAUUAAAAUUCUUAAAAAUAUUAACAAUACCUAUAAAACCUUGAAGAUAACUUUUACUUAAAUAUGAAAAUUAAAUUGUAGUUUGAAAAUUAGGCUCAAGCAAAUAUCAAAUACUGCAAAAAUCCCCUUGUCCCAGGAUACCUAAAAUAGAAGUGCUUAAACUUCGUCAGGCAGAAGGUAAAGGACACGAGCCAUGAGAUUCUUCCUUGUGCUACAGCCAUGCUGGGGAGUGCAGUCUGGAAAGAACAUACCUAAUGUGUUUUUCACUAUCCAUUAUCUCUGAACUUUGAAAUAUUACUUUUGAAUAAGAGGCUGGACACUUAUUAGUUUGACUUGAAAAAGCUCAGUGCUCAUCAAAAAACGGGGAACCUAAUUUGAAGAUGGAAGCAUACUAAGGACAGUUUUCUCCACUCACAUCCACAUUCUAAAAGAGAAACAAAAACAUAGGUAACUCUGCUUUCACAAAUGAGAAUAGUUUAAUGGAUAGAAGAAACAAGCACAUUAUUCACCUGUGUUAUAAAAACAUCUCUUUUUUGUCACUGAGUGUUUGCAAAGUACAGUUAAUCCUAAUAUGAAAACUUAGAAUUGUAAAAGAUUAAUGAUAACGUAAAAGUAUAUUAAUUAAAAUUCCCCUUACAAAGUAUAUUUUGAUAUGUUUGUUUAUUCUACCUCAAACAAAGGCUUAAGUUUUGAAGGGUAACCAAUUUAUACUUCAUUUUAUACAGAACCUAUUGCUGAGAGAUCUGAAUAUUGUGCUUUUUGUUGUUUGUAAAUAGAAUUGAAUACACCAGGAUAAAUCUUAUUUAAAGGAAGCCUGUUUGUAAAUCACCAACUUUAACUUAUUGCUUAUAUAAAUCCAAGCUCUGUACCUGAUCUUUAUGUAAAGCAAGAUUUAUAUGUGUAGUAUCUAAUGCCCUUUGGUGUUACAUUUGACU